GUAUUCAGCCCAAAAUGCCUAAACUCGUUUUCAAAGUGUUUUCGUUAUCGGUCUGAACAUAAUAUAAAAUUCAGGAGUAAAAAGUCGAUUUUGGUCGAAAGUCGACGUCGACUUUGCCAUAUUUAGUCUGUUCGUCGUUUGUGUUGUUUCAAUCGUUCUUGUUAUUUUUAUAAGCUUUUAUUUAUCACUGCAAUUGUUGGAUUUCUUGAUAUUGGAGCUUAUCUUGGUGGAAUCAUAACACCUCUCGAAGAAUUUAUAUAUUCGAAAGUGACAUAAACUUCUCAAAGGCAUCUUACUUUAGGAAAAGCAAUCGGAUUUUUGUUUACGGCAUUCGCAGACAGAGCGCAUCCAUUUUUUCUUUAUUCGGCGGUGGUAAAAAACUGAUACGCAUCUAUUAAUAUGAAGUGCGCUGUACUAUAUUGCAAGAGCUCUAUCAAAGACAGUACAAUAAAUUUUCAUAAAUUCCCAAACAACCAAGAGUUGUUCCAAAAAUGGGCGGACUUUUGCGGCCAAGCAGUCGGCAGAAAUGCAAAAGUUUGUAGUGAACAUUUUCUGCUAGAUGAUUAUGAAGGAAGCUUAAAAGUUGAAAUGGGAUUCGGAAGAUGGCGCUACCUUAAAAAGGGUGCUGUACCGUCCGUUAAGAAAAAUCAGAUUGCAUCCAUAAUUACAGCCCUGAAAAAGCCAUGGCCAUCACAAAGUAGUAAAAUUAGUACUCUACCACAGACUUCAACAAAAGCAGCAGCCAUUUCGCAUAAAACAUCAGAGGCUGAAACGCAGAACAAAUCAUCUACCGCUGCGAAACCUGUAGUUAAGGUCGCAUAUAUUUUGCCAAAGGCUUUAAAUAAACCAGCAAAAGCUUUGUGCCACACCACACAACAUAUGCUUCACCUACCAUUUCGUUGAUGACUCCACCCUCUCGUGACCUGAACUGUACAAUAGAUUACUUGGAAAACAAAGUGUUAGUUGAAUCUAUACCCUGCAAAUCAUUUUUUCAGAGUAUUCUGAAUUGUAGAGAAAUUUUAAAGAAUUCGUAAAGAUCUCAUCU